CACCAUUUAUAUUCUUGGAACCAAACCCUGUCCUAUAUAUAUAGACAGACUCAUUAUUGGUUAAACCAUCAAACACCAAACCAAAAACCUUUCUCUAACACGAACAGAAAUGGCUAAUAGGUAUAAUGUUAGAUCUAUUAGCUUCCCUUCAAGAUCUCAUCCCACAACUCUUAAAAUAGAAGAGCAGAUAAAGAAACUUAAAACCUUGGUGAUAUCUUCAGAGUCGAUCUGCCAUGGCAUGUUAGGGUUAGAAGAUUUGUAUAAUGGUGUUAAUGAGCUGCUUAACUUGUCAUCAACCCAACAAGUUCUUUCUCACCAUCAAAAUGGGAAGUUUCUUGACAGGUUAUUGGAUGGAUCUGUCAGGUUAUUAGACAUUUGUGGGAUUACAAGGGAUGUUCUACUGCAAUUUAAGGAGCAAGUUCAGUCUCUUCAAUCUGCUUUUCGCAGGAGAAAAGGCGAUUCGAGCUUGGAAAGCAACAUAGAUAACUAUGCUUGCUUUAGGAAGAAGAUGAAGAAGGAUGCCAAAAAGUUUAUUGCAGUAUUAAAGCAAAUGGAUACUAAACUUGAGGCAUCUCUGCUUGAAGAUCAAGAUUACCACUUGAUCCAAUUGUUUAAAGAAGUUAGUUUAGUUACUAGCUUUACCUUCCAAUCUUUCUUGUCAUUCUUGUCAACAUCAAGGCCAAAGAAAACUAGGUGGUCUGUGAUUUCAAAGCUAAUGAACAAGGGAGCAAUAGAAUGUGAAGAAAAGCAAGAAAUUGUGAAUCAAUUGGAAAGUGUUGAUUCUUUAUUAAAAGAAAGGCUUAAUGCUGAGAAGAUGAAAAUUGCACAGAAAGGGUUAGAGGCUCUGGAGAUGAGCAUUGGAGACCUUGAGAAUUGCUUGGAGAAUAUGUUCAGGCUCUUGAUUAAAACAAGAGCUUCCAUUUUGAACAUAAUCUCCCAAUAAAGCCUUGUCAUUACUGGUUUCUAUAUCAAAUCCUUCAAUGGCAUCCAAAUUUUACAGGAUUCCAAGGAUUUUCAUUUUUCAAUCACAAAUCUCUAUAUGUACAUGAAAAUCAAAUCUCAUAACUGUACAAUGAAAUAUAUAUACAAAGUUUGUUACUAUUUUGAGAUGA